UUCCGGUGCCUUCUCUGCGAAGUAGGGACAGUACUCUCUACCACAUUUACCCAGAACGAGACACAGCGGCCGAGACAGAGGCGGUUCCGUUGUAACAUUUAUUAUGAAGCAUCCUUCUUGUCGGUACUCUUCCUGCCGUCGCGACGCCCGUCCCCGGUGGCCCCGGAACCCGCGGCUGCAAAGCCCCGCCCCCCGGGCCGGGUGGCGCCACCGGCCUGCGGACCUGCCCCUCCUCCGCCCUUCUACGCGCCGCCGGAGCCCCGCAGCUUCGAGACCCGCUGUGCUUGGCGACAUGGCCAGCAGCCACCGCCUCCUGCUGGAGAACGCGCGGCAAGUGGUGGCGGUGUGCGCCCGGGGCGAGCGCUUCCUGGCGCGGGACGCGCUGCACAGACUGGUGGUGCUGGAAGGCGCCAGCCUGGUGGUGGGCACGGAUGGGUUCCUAAAAGCCAUUGGUCCCGCUGAUGCCAUUCGAGAACUGUUUGCGGAGGACACGUUCGAAGAGAGAAUUGACUGUUCUGGGAAAUGCAUCUUGCCAGGUCUAGUGGAUGCACACACACAUCCAGUGUGGGCUGGUGAAAGAGUUCACGAGUUCGCCAUGAAGUUGGCAGGAGCCACGUACAUGGAAAUCCACCAGGCUGGAGGAGGGAUCAAUUUCACGGUGGAGCGCACGCGCCAGGCCUCCGAGGAGGAGCUGUUCCGCUCCCUGCAGCAGCGGCUGGGGUGCAUGAUGAGGGCGGGGACCACGCUGGUGGAGUGCAAGAGCGGCUACGGCCUCAGCCUGGAGACGGAGCUCAAGAUGCUGCGCGUGAUUGAGCGCGCCCGGCGGGAGCUGGACAUCGGCAUCUCGGCCACGUACUGCGGGGCCCACGCAGUGCCAAAAGGAAAAACUGCUCCUGAAGCUGCUGAUGACAUCAUCCACAGCCACCUCCCAAAGCUGCAGGAACUUGGGAGAGACGGAGAAAUACGCGUUGACAACAUAGAUGUGUUCUGUGAGAAAGGGGUCUUCGAUCUCGAGGCCACCAGAAGGAUCCUGCAAAGUGGGAAAGACACGGGGCUGCAGAUUAACUUUCACGGGGACGAGCUCCACCCAAUGAAGGCGGCCGAGCUCGGGGCGGAACUGGGAGCGCAGGCAGUCAGUCACCUUGAAGAAGUGAGUGAUGAGGGCAUCGCUGCCAUGGCAACAGCCCGAUGCGCUGCCGUCCUCCUGCCCACCACUGCCUACAUGCUGAGACUGAAGCAGCCUCGAGCCAGGAAGAUGUUAGACGAAGGGGUAAUAGUCGCUCUGGGCAGCGAUUUCAACCCUAAUGCAUAUUGUUUUUCAAUGCCCAUGGUCAUGCAUCUGGCCUGUGUGAACAUGAGAAUGUCCAUGCCUGAGGCCCUGGCCGCGGCCACCAUCAAUGCCGCCUAUGCCCUGGGAAAGUCUCACACUCACGGAUCUUUGGAAAUUGGCAAACAGGGCGAUCUCAUCAUCAUUAAUUCAUCCAGAUGGGAGCAUUUGAUUUACCAGUUUGGAGGCCAUCAUGAAUUAAUCGAAUAUGUUAUAGUUAAAGGAAAAGUCGUCUAUAAAAAACAAUAGGUCUGUAAAGAAAGAGCAGACUCUUUGACUAUAUAGAAAGUCCAUAGUUACAUUGCAAGUUGGAAUACCUUCGCGGUUUACCAGGAUGGUGUUACUUAAAUAUGUUUCAGUGUUUUGUUAACCCACUUGAAAAACUCAAGGGAUUCACUUGUCUUAACAUGUGCACCCGGACCUAUAAACAAGUAAACCAUUUGUGAGGAUAAUCUCAAAACAUGCAACCCCUUCACAGGGAAUCAUUGCAAAUAUUCCAAAGAUGAAUAAAAUGACGGCAUAUCACAGACAUGCCUUUGUGGGGAAAAGCAGAUCGGCCAAUAGGUUGACACAGCAUAAAAGUCUCAUUUAGGGCGUGCCCACUGUGGCUCAGCAGAAACCAAUCUGACUAGUAUCCACGAGGACGCAGGUUCGAUCUCUGGCCUCGUUCAGUGGGUUAAGGAUCCAGCGUUGCCAUGAGCUGUGGUGUAGGUCUUGGACGUGGCUUGGAUUCCGCAUUUCUGUGGCUCUGGUGUAGGUUGACAGCUAUAGCUCUGAUUCGACUCUUAGCCUGGGAACAUCCAUGUGCCGCAGGUGCGGCCCUAAAAAGACAAAA